CGUGAGUCUGUCCCAGCCAAUGGCGUUGCUCUGUUGCUCGUACUUCCUGAUUCCGUCCACUUAUCAUUGAGCCCGAAACGUCACGAGCGCCUUCUCUGCCUGUCCGCACGAGAGAGACAGCACCGUUCCUUGCACACAGUUAGGAGGAAAAGAUCCAGAACCAUGUCUAUCCUGAAGAUCCAUGCGCGCGAGAUUUUUGACUCCCGUGGCAACCCCACUGUGGAGGUUGACCUUUACACCAAGAAAGGUCUUUUCAGAGCUGCAGUGCCCAGUGGUGCUUCCACAGGCAUCUAUGAGGCUCUGGAGCUCCGCGACAAUGACAAAACACGUUACAUGGGCAAAGGUGUCUCUAAAGCUGUAAAUCAUAUCAAUACAACUAUUGCACCUGCACUGGUUAGCAAGGAUGUGAGCGUUCUGGAGCAGACAAAGAUUGACAAGCUGAUGCUGGACAUGGAUGGCACAGACAACAAGUCUAAGUUUGGUGCUAAUGCCAUCCUGGGUGUCUCCCUGGCUGUGUGCAAGGCUGGUGCUGCAGAGAAGGGCGUUCCCCUCUACCGCCACAUCGCUGACCUGGCUGGCAAUGCUGAAGUCAUCCUCCCUGUCCCUGCUUUCAAUGUCAUCAACGGCGGUUCCCAUGCUGGCAACAAGCUGGCCAUGCAGGAGUUCAUGAUCCUGCCUGUCGGAGCCAGCACCUUCAAGGAGGCCAUGCGUAUUGGUGCUGAGGUUUACCACAACCUGAAGAAUGUCAUCAAGGAGAAAUACGGCCAGGAUGCCACUAAUGUGGGAGACGAGGGAGGCUUCGCUCCCAACAUCCUGGAGAACAAGGAAGCACUGGACCUGCUGAAGAAUGCCAUCGCCAAGGCAGGCUACACCGACAAGAUUGUCAUUGGUAUGGAUGUGGCUGCCUCUGAGUUCUAUAAGGCUGGCAAGUACGACUUGGACUUCAAGUCCCCUGAUGAUCCCAGCCGCUACAUCUCCCCUGACAAGCUGGCUGACCUGUACAAGAGCUUUGUCAAAGAUUACCCCGUGGUGUCCAUUGAGGAUCCCUUUGACCAGGAUGACUGGAAGGCGUGGGCCGAUUUCACUGCCAGCACUACCAUUCAGGUUGUUGGUGAUGACCUCACUGUCACCAACCCUAAACGCAUCGCCAGGGGUGUGGCUGAGAAGUCCUGCAACUGCCUGCUGCUUAAAGUCAACCAGAUUGGCUCUGUCACAGAGUCCCUGGACGCCUGCAAGCUGGCUCAGAGCAACGGCUGGGGUGUGAUGGUCAGCCAUCGCUCUGGAGAGACAGAGGACACUUUCAUUGCUGACCUGGUGGUCGGUCUCUGCACUGGACAGAUCAAAACAGGUGCACCUUGCCGAUCUGAGCGCUUGGCGAAGUACAACCAGCUGCUCAGGAUUGAAGAGGAGCUUGGAGACAAGGCCCGCUUUGCCGGCCAGAACUUCAGGCACCCCAUCUGAGCAGGUCUUCCCUCCUGGGCCUCUGUGUGUUCAUUGCUCAUAAAAUAUCCACACAUAUAUAACGCCACGCUAGAUUGCCUGCCCUGUCCAGAGAGAAGAUGAGAAGAGAGCAUCGCUGAAAUCCAAGGUCCAAGUCUGUGGUCUGUGGUGUGGAGGAGCUGCAGUAUGUGAUUACCACAGUUCAGCUCACCUUCAAACUCUGCUUUCGGUCCUGACUAGUGUUGGUCCUUCUGUUUGUGUCUGUGUAACUGUGUGAGAGAUUUUUUUGUUAAGCUUCUUGUGAGUUGUAGUGAUUUCCUGAGUAUGUGAGCUACUGUAACGUAAGUACAGCUCUGCCUCGAGCAGAGGUAACCGUACUGUAUGUGCAAUGUGUUGCAUCUGACAAGGUCUUUUGUUGCUGUAAGCGUUGGCAGAAAUAUGAAAUAAACAACAUAGUUUGAAA